AUGGAAGGUGUGUUGGACUUUGACACAAUCGACGUGGAACUAGAUGAAGACCUUCUAAAGAAACAGAGUAGGAGAUGUAGAGAUGAGUUCUUGAACUCACUGUCUAUUGACGAUGAAGAUGAAGACUUCAUAAUCCCAUUAUUCGAGAAUAUUGAAGAUGAUGAAGCACCCGUGGAAGAAGAACCUUUGGAUGACGAACAGGAGGAGGAAGAAAAUGUAGAUGAAGUUGUGGAUGAAGAGGAAAAUGAUAGUGAAGCUCAGUUUAAAUAUUCCACACAUGAUCCAAACGUGAAAUGGAAUAGAAUGAAACCUCAAGAGGGAGAAAGGGAGUUAGCUGAAAAAUGGGAAGGAGAUGUGUGUCCAUCUGCAAUUAAGAAAAUGGAAGAAUUUGGAGAGGACUUGAAGUUUUGGAGGGUACACCCUAGUGGGCAAAAUGAAUUUGAAGUUAGAAAUGGUCUUGAAUCAUAUGGAGUCAACAUAGAGAAAAGAAGUUGUGCAUGUAGACUUUGGGAUGUAUCAGGGAUACCAUGUGUCCAUGCCCAAGCAUCUAUCAUGUUAACUCAUCAGGAUCCAAAGACAUUUAUCAGCAGGCUGCCAAUGUUGAAGGUGGAUUGGAAGGAGGUGGACAGGGUAAUGAAGAAGAAGAAGGACAUGGACAAGGAGAUGGAGUGGAAGGAGGUGGAGAUGGACAAGGUAAUGAAGAAGAAGAAGGAUAUGGGCAAGGAGAUGGAGUGGAAGGAGGUGGAGAUGGACAAGAAGGAGAAGGAGAUGGAGAAGAAGAAGAUGGAGAAGGAGAUGGAGAAUGAGACGAAGGAGAUGGAGAAGGGGAUGAAGUGGAAGGAGUUGAAGCUGAAGAUGUUCAAGGAAAUGAUAAAGGUGGAGAAGGAGUUGAAGUGGAAGCUGAAGAUGUUCAAGGAAAUGAAGAAGGUGUUCCAGUGA